GGCGUUCUUAACAUUGAAACAUAUUCGACAGCGAUCGCUGCAGAUCUCAACGGGAAAAUGGGAGUCAAGCUCAAAUUAUUCGCACUAGCUGUCUUAGGAGUUGCUUUUGCAUUGGUUUAUCCGACAGCUAAGAAGAAUUAUGAAAAACACGUAAAGCCACAUGUCCAUCUUGUCGCUAAGAUCUACACCACGGCGAAAGAAUUCAACAUUCUUGGCUACCAUAUUCCUUGGCGCUAUAUCCUACCAAUAAUUGCUUUAUUUAUUGCUUAUAAACUUUACAAGAGACGAAAGAGGAGAAAGGAGGCAGAGUUGCUGGCCAAGCAACAAUCGGGACAGCUUUACAUGACAGAGGAACAAGCGCCAAAACCGCCACCCACCAAAAACGCAGUAAAAACGGAAGAAAAAGAACCCAAAGCACCACAAGCCUCCCCUCCCCCCACCCUUGACCCAAAAGACCUGUCGUUGCUAGGCAACCGCGUACGUACAUUUAACUACUGGCCCGCGACAAGCUCUGCGAACGUAUUUGACCUGGCGCGAGCUGGUUUUGUCUUUACUGGACGCGAUGAUGUAGUAGAAUGUUAUAAAUGUAAAGGAACGCUAAAACAGUGGAAAGUAGACGAUAAAGCUUUAGACGCGCAUAAAGAGUUCUACCCAGACUGUCCGUUUUUGAAAGAGUUGGAUACGAGUAAAGUUGACUCUGACGUGCUAACACGACUGUUGAACUUGAAUGACGUUAACGAGGGGGUGGGUAGGAGGCUGAAGCAACUACAGGCUGUACAGAGUAAGAGCAAAAGCAUCGAGCCAGCCAAUAAGCAUCUAGGAGAACUGCAGAAGAGACUGGACACGACUGAACGUACCAUGCACCUCGUGAUGAAACAAAUGGAAGCAGUCACUAAAUGCCUUGCAAAGACCUUAGCUGAUGAUCCUGCGCUGAGUGGGGACAGGUCGCUGGCCGAAAUCACCGAGGGCUUGGCUAACCUCAAGGAGAGCAACGUUUGAUGUAAUCACGUGCAAACAAGAUCACUCGCGAUUGGUCAGUCCUGGAUUCAUGUAUGACAAGCUAAAGAAUAAAGAGAGGGCCAGAAAGAGGAAUAUCUGAAGACUCUACAAAUGGAAAAUAACAGGACAAGUUUUGGAGUAGUUUUAAGUAGCUUUAGUUUAUAUUUUGCAUUAGUAAAAACUUGCACCAUUUUUUUGCAUGUCCCAGCACGAGCUUGGAAAUUAAACAUUAAAAAACGUCAAAAAUUGGGGUUAGCCAAAAACCCUUGAAGCGCGCUAAAGUUUGCUUUCAUCUGCGCGCAAACUGGGCAAAAAAACAACAUUUUGCGUUUGAAUUCAAACUUCUUAAUUCGCAUAAUAUCUUGUGAAGAGAGAGACUCUUUAACAGUAUGAAGCGUUGAUAUGAAUGAAUCAAAUGAUUUUUGCCAGUCUUGGAGACGCUAAACCAGAAUUAAAACCAAUGAAGGGCACUUUUUAUCCCUGCCAAAUUUUAUAGAAAUCAGAAAAUCUGGCGAUUUUAAAAAUCGUAGUAUUUUUUAGUCUUGCAGACAUUUGGAGCAAGCUAAAUUAUACUACGACGUAAAAUCACAAUUUUCCGAAGUUCAAUUUUCACCAAAUUUGAUAUUAUUUAUAUUUAAAAAGAGAAGUUACACAGCUAUCUGAAUGCACCGAGAAUUAUAUAUGAAAUUUUUGAAGCAUGUAAAUUAUUUGUCAAAUUUUGAAACAAAUAAAAGUGAUUUACAAAUAUUCUACUAUCGA